AUGUAUGUGAGGAACAACGGGAGAAUCACCCAUGACAAACCUUUAAGAAUUGUAAGCUCCUGCAACCUGGACAUCCUGUACUUUCCUUUUGACAUUCAACACUGCACACUCUCAUUGGGACCUUAUUUACACACAGCAAAAGAUUUAGUCCUGGGACUCCACCAGACCUCAGAGGAGAUUACGAAUGAAUCAAAGGAGAACAUCCAGAACAAAGGGGAGUGGGAACUCCUGAGAAUCGAUGCAUACACAAGUUCUUGGAACAAUCAGGGGGAGGAGUGGUCCAAAGUUGUUUUUACGGUUACCAUCAAAAGGAGACCUUUGCUCUAUUUGGUCAAUCUCGUGAUCCCAAGUGCCUUUUUGAUGGGCAUUGACCUUUUCAGUUUCUACCUGCCAGUGCACCAAGUUGACCGUGGGGCCUUCAAAAUGACCCUGCUGUUGGGUUACACGGUCUUUCUUCUUAUCAUGAAUGACCUGCUCCCCAACAAUUCUGGUGGGACGCCGAUAAUAGAACACAAAGAUCCAAGUGUGAUCCUGGAAGACCAAUCAGGUGCCAUGAUUCACAACCUCCAAAAACUGUCCCAGGAUGUGGAAGUCAUCCGGGCUCACCUGGAUUCCCAAAGCCAGUACCACAGCACACAGGGGGAAUGGAUCCAAAUUGCCUACAUCUGGGACUGCCUGCUCUUCAGACUCUAUGUCCUUCUGCUCCUCAUUUUCACUGUCAUGAUAAUCGCCUCAUGGUGCAUGUGGUACAAAGCAUAGACACAGUCAGUAUUUACCAAAGCAAAUUUAGAAGAAGACAAGCAUUACAACUAAAGUGUGUAUCCUUGUUACUGUUAAUAUUUUAAACAGGGCUUUUUAAAAACUUUUUUUUUAAAGGCCCUGGCAUGUCUGUAGCACUCCUGAAAAGGAAAUGACAUUCUAUAUGCAGUAUAAAUGCUUGCGUUGUAGUACAUUGCAUUGGUUAUACAGUGGGCAGAUUCUAUAUUUGUUUCAUUACCAUGGGAAGCACACCCACAUUUAAGACCAUAGAUUGCAGUUCCUUUCAUGUACCCUCAAAAGAUAAAUAAAACCACAA